AUGGACCAUCACGGGCAGAAUGAGAUGGAAUCGAUUCUGACUAUGCUUCGUAUAAAUAUUUAUGUUCACCCAAGAUUGAAAGAACAACCUUAUUGGAUAGUUCAUUUACCAUCAGAAAGCGUGGCUCAUAGUAUUGCGAGCAGAGCAGUUUGUAUACGUUUCUGUUUGGAGUUAUGGGCUAACAGUAAGAAAGUGGAAGAUUUACAUAGUAAGUUAAGAAAUUAUCCAGUUGCAGAAAUUAAAAAAUAUUUUGGGCCACAGAAAUCUUUUAAAGUAGUGGUUGAAACAUUCUGUAAACACUUUUCGCAAAGCGAGAAAGUGAACAAGAUAGAGUCCUUCAGCUACUUGCCAUUGGAAGGGCCAGUGAGGUUGAAUAAUCCAGAAAUAACAUUAUGUUACAUAGAAUUUUAUGGAUUGAAUCCUAAUAACAUUCCUGAAAAACCUUACGAUUUGUUUUUUGGUAGAUGGAUUACAACUGGACAAAGGGAUUUAAUUAGGAAGUUGUCACUGAAAACAAGAAAAUUCAUAGGUAACACGUCCAUGGAUCCUCAAUUGUCGUUGAUAAUGGCUAAUCAGGCUCAAGUUCAGAAGGGAGACAUCAUCCUUGAUCCAUUUGUUGGCACUGGAUCUUUGUUAGUCGCUGCUUCUCACUUCGGUGGAUAUACGUUAGGAACUGAUAUAGAUUUCUUAAUGCUUCAUGGACGUACAAGACCUAGCAGGAUAUCACAAAAGAUUAGGGAAAAGGAUGAAAGUAUUGCCGCGAAUAUGAGUCAAUAUGGAAAAAGAUCAUAUUAUAUUGACGUUGUAGUAGCUGACUUUUCUUACCCCUUGUGGCGCUCUGAUAUGUGUAUAGAUGCUAUAAUUACUGAUCCUCCUUAUGGUAUCAGAGAAGCAACAGAAAGGAUAGGUACAACUAAAGUAAAUCCAAUAAUUGAAGAACAUCAAGCAUCUUCUCAUAUACCAUCGAAAAUUGGAUACGAUUUGACCCAAAUGUACAACGAUUUAUUAACGUUUGCAGCUCAACAUCUUAAGAUAAAUGGCAGACUAGUUUGUUGGUUUCCUUUGUUCAGGGAUCAGUAUUCAGAAAAACAGCUACCAACACAUCCAUGCCUAGAAUUAGUAGCUAAUUCGGAACAGGUACUUAGUAAUUAUACCAGCCGUAGAUUAUUGACUUACCAAAAAAUAAAAAACUUGAAAGAAUCAGAUGAUACAACUUCUACGAAUUUGAUUGACUUUCGAGAAAAGUAUUUCGCAUUGCGAAAUGAAAGUCGAAAGGAAAGGCGAAUGAAGAAAGCUAUAGAGAAAGCGAAAG